AUGUUAAUCAUUUUAUGUCAGGAAAUGAAAUAAUUGUUUACUCAUGAAUUAGAUAUAUGGAAAUUCACUUUCCCAUAAAUAAAGACAGUAAAAGACUUGGCUAAAAAUGGAGAGUUGGUUGACAUAAUGAUAAAUUUCUAUCCAAGAUUUUAUGGACUUGAAAUUGUAAGGCAGAUUUACUUUAAUCACUUAUUGGAAUUCUUAAAUUGUGAAACUUCUGCUCGAAAAUUUUAAACAAAACUAACUAAGAUAAACUUCAAAGUUCAAUAAAAGACUUGUGAAUUUUGACUAUUAAAAAUGGAAAAAACCUCUUUUAAUUAAAUUUGAGGAGCAUAGUUAAACCAAAGAGAGGAAUGGAGAUAUUAAAAAUUUCAAAAUAAAAUAUAUCUAACAAUUAUUUCUAUAGGAUUGAU